AUGGGUCUGUUAUUACGAAAACGUUCAUUAUUAUUAAAAUUAGUGUUAGUGAUAUCAAUAAUUUGGUUUACUGUUGUUUUUUUAUUAUCAAAUGAGGAAUCGUGGAGUAGAAACAGUCGUAAUUUAGCAAACGAUUUAAAUGAACUUAGUGAUAAUCGAUUGCAUCAUCAACAACAACAACAACAACCGUUUGUUGGUCAUCAAUCGUUAAAUAAUGUUGUAAAUAGUGCUCAAACUAAAAAUAAUCUUAAUGUGAUUGAUAAUAAUGUUAAUGAAAAUGUAAAUGAUAAUGAUAAUGAGUUAGGUGAUAAUAAUAUUAAUAAUAAUAAUAAUAAUAAUGAUAAACAUAGAUAUCAUCAAAAACAUCAUCAUAAUAUUAAGUUAAAAGAUGAAGAGAAUAAAGAUGUGUUGGUUAUGCCAAAUUUAAAUGAUCUUACCGCACCGGGUGAAAUGGGUCGACCGGUUGUCUUACCGAAAAAUUUAACAAAGGAUAUUAAAAAAAUCGUGGAUGAUGGUUGGCAAAAUAAUGCAUUUAAUCAAUAUGUUAGUGAUUUAAUAUCAGUUAGAAGAUCGUUGCCAGAUCCAAGAGAUGAAGCAUGCAAGAAAGAUGGAAUGUAUUUAGAAGAUUUACCUUCAACAUCAGUUAUAAUUUGUUUCCAUAAUGAAGCAUGGAGUGUUCUAUUACGAACUGUUCAUUCUGUUUUGGAUCGAUCACCAGAACAUCUUAUUCAUGAAGUCGUUCUUGUUGACGAUUUCUCAGAUUUUCCACACACGAAGAAACAAUUAGAAGAUUAUUGGUCGAGCUAUAAAAAAGUAAAAAUUGUUCGAGCACCGAAACGUGAGGGAUUAAUUCGAGCACGUUUAUUAGGUGCACGACAUGCCACCGGUGCAGUACUAACAUAUUUAGAUUCACAUUGUGAAUGUGCUCCUGGCUGGCUAGAGCCAUUAUUGGACCGUAUUGCUCGUAAUUCUACGACGGUUGUAUGUCCAGUCAUUGAUGUUAUUGACGAUACAACGCUUGAAUUUCACUAUAGAGAUAGUGCUGGUGUAAAUGUUGGUGGUUUUGAUUGGAAUUUACAAUUUAACUGGCAUGCAGUACCUGAACGAGAAAAAAAACGACAUAAUCAUAGCUCCGAACCAGUAUGGAGUCCAACAAUGGCUGGUGGAUUAUUUAGUAUUGAUCGAAAAUUUUUCGAGAGACUUGGAACAUACGAUAGCGGUUUUGACAUAUGGGGCGGUGAAAACUUGGAAUUAUCAUUUAAAACAUGGAUGUGUGGUGGUACAUUAGAGAUCAUCCCAUGUUCGCAUGUUGGACACAUUUUUCGAAAACGUUCACCAUACAAAUGGCGCAGUGGAGUCAACGUACUCAGGCGGAAUUCCGUACGACUUGCAGAGGUUUGGUUGGACGAAUAUGCAAAAUAUUAUUAUCAAAGAAUUGGUAACGAGAAAGGUGAUUAUGGUGAUGUAACUGAAAGGAGAGCAUUACGGAAACGACUUCAAUGUAAAUCAUUUAAAUGGUAUUUAGACAACAUAUUCCCAGAACUGUUCAUUCCUGGUGAUGCAGUGGCAACUGGAGAGAUACGAAAUCAUGGAAAUAAACAUAAUGGAAAAACGGAACAAUGUUUGGAUUCAUUUGCACGGAAAGCCGAUUUAUAUAAACCAGUUGGAAUAUAUCCAUGCCAUAAACAAGGCGGCAAUCAGUAUUGGUUGAUGAGUCAAGCUGGUGAAAUUAGACGUGAUGAAUCAUGUUUGGAUUAUGCUGGUGGUGAUGUUGUAUUGUAUCCAUGUCACGGAUCCAAAGGAAAUCAACAAUGGAACUACAUUGAAGAUACACAAUUAAUUCGUCAUGGAUCUAGUGGAAAAUGUUUAGGUAUAAAUGAAGGUAAAACAAAAUUAGUUAUGGAAGAUUGCAUAGAAAAUGUUCCACGAAUGCAAUGGACCAUUGAAAAUUAUGAUGCCAGUAAAAUAAAAGAAAAAUAAUUUAAAUUGUAAUAAGAUUUAAAA